AUGGCCACCUACACCCAGCUGCACCACUUCGAGCUCGACCUGAGCGCCGCUUGUUACCCAAACUCGAUAUCCGGCCGACUCAACGAUGUCGUUCCAGUCCUGAAAACAAGCACGGCCUUCUUCACAUUUCUCAGAGCAAACCUCGCUCUCCAACCAUCCGCCAUGUCCAACGUCUCCACACCAUUGCUUGAGCCCGUGGGCGUCAACCAAGGUCUGGCACCACAACCGUCCUCAUCGCCGCUCGCAAAGCAUGUCACCCACGCGAACGAGGAGUCAUCACCACAACCGCAGACCAACCUGGACGACAUCCCGCCACUGUCCCUGGACGUCCUCACCACCCGCAACGACAAGGUCGAGGCGCUCAAGCUCGUCGCCGACUCCAUCGCCCAGCAGCGCCAGCGCGCCUCACUGGGCCUCGUCUUCCACCCCCUUCUCCUUUCCGGCCUGGUCGCGUCCCUGGCGCUCACCUACCAGGUCGCCUGGGCCAGGAAACCCCAGCCCCAGCGGGACGUCGGCAUCGCCAUGACCCUCUUCGCGGGCGUGGUCAUGGCCUACCUGCUGGCCAUCCGCUUCGCGACGUCGGGCUACAUCCAGAUCGCCGAGUCCCUGGGGUGGGACUGGCUCGUGUCGCCCGACACGGGCGACGAGGACGUCGUCGUCGGCACCAGGUUCGGCUCCGAGCUCGUCGGCGCUCUGGUCCUGCGGCUCGAGCCUGGCAGCGGGCCCGCGGGCGGCCACCACGCGAGGAAGAGGAGGGGCGGCCAGAACGGCCUCCGCGGCGGCAAGGGCGUCAUCCGCGCGUGGACGACAAAGCUCCGGUACCGCGGCAAGGGCGUCGGCGCCGACAUGCUCCAGGAGGCGGUCAGGGUCACGCGCGAGAGGUGCGGCAGGGACGCAGAGGUCGGGUUCGCCGCCGAGCAUGCCAACAGCCGCAUGGUGCUGCCCGAGAUGUUCAACAAGCCCUUCCGCAACGGCGAGAGGAAGGCAGCCGGGGCGCUGGAGAAGGUCCUGGGCGAGUGGGAGGGGGGUAGGAGGAAGAGGUGA